AUGAAGGUGGUGGCGACGGUGAUGGUUGCUGUGUGUGUGGGUGGUGGUGGUGGUGGUGGUGGGCGGGCCUCGCAACGCGCCCGCGGCCGAAACGACAACUCCCAGCAUGCCCCGCGCCCGCUUCCGCCGCCGGGACUUCCGCUUCCGGUCCGGGCGGGACGGCGGCGGUGGCGGCGGCGGCGGCGGCGGCGGCUUCGGGGCGUCGCUGAAACCGAAAGCGCCGCGCUCGCUCGCUCGCUCGCUCGCUCGGCCGAACCCGUUCCCCUUCCUCUCACCUUCGCCGCGACCCCGGACUCAGGCCGCGCGCGAGCCAUGAAUGGCCGGCUGGACUCCGAGUCGCAGCUCCGGGCCCGCGUCCGGGAGGAGGAGAUCAACCUGACCCGCGGCCCCGCAGGGCUGGGCUUCAAUAUCAUCGGUGGGACAGAUCAGCAGUAUGUCUCCAACGACAGUGGCAUCUACGUCAGCAGCAUCAAAGAGAACGGGGCUGCGGCCCUGGAUGGGCGGCUCCAGGAGGGUGAUAAGAUCCUCUCGGUUAAUGGCCAAGAUCUAAAGAACCUCCUGCACCAGGAAGCUGUAGACCUCUUUCGAAACGCAGGCUACUCCGUCUCCCUGAGAGUGCAAACAGGUUCUGGCCCCGCUUUCAUGACUUCUCAUCAGGAAUUACAGGUGCAGAACGGGCCGAUAGGAAAUAGAAGUGAAGGAGAACCAGCUGGCUCCCCCCUCUCUACGGUGCUGUUGCCAGUGUUUGCCCUCACCAUGAUAGUAGCCUGGGCCUUCAUGAGAUAUCGGCAUCAACUCUGAAAAGCUUGCACUCUUCCAGUGCUCUAAUGGAAGAAACCGUUUUUCCUUUUUCCCUCUUCCCUUGCCAUUCUCUCUUCCUCUUUUCUGCAUAGUGAACACAUGAUUGAGAGACGAUCCCCCGUACCUCACUGUUGAAAUUUUCCAAAUCCUCGUAUCCUAGUGGAGAGUAAAGGCAUUGUUUGAAGGAAAGCUGGAGAAAAGACUUGCUUAGAACAAAUGAGGGGUCUCUUUUUAGACUUUACCAAGACCACUGGUGAAAAUUCAGCUACAAUCCAAAGAAGGAAUGAUCCAUCCUUUUUAAUUGCCUUUAAUCGAUACCUUUCUUCUUCACUGGCAGAUCUCAGAAGCCAGCUGUGGGCUAUACGAGAGAAACUUUUCCUUCUUAAUUCUUGAGAAUUUUAUGGCUUAUAUCUAAUUUCAAAUAACAUUCCUUGGGUGCUUACAUCAAACAAACAAUGAGGAAAAUAUUUUGACUUUUUCUUUUAAAGCAAUA